AUGGUCAAGAUCAAGUCAAUCGAGUACUUCCGGGUGAAGCCCCGCUGGUUGUUUGUCAAAGUGACCGACGAAGAGGGUCAGUUUGGAUGGGGAGAGGGCACUCUGGAAGGACAUUCACUCGCUGUCGAGGGUGCUUUGGAUGAGAUUAUCCCGCGCAUUGUGGGAUAUGAGGCCGAUGACAUUGAGCACAUCUGGCAGACGGUGUGGCGACUAGGAUUCUACCGGGGUGGACCUGUCUUCAUGUCUGCCCUGUCUGGUAUUGACAUCGCACUGUGGGAUCUGAAGGGCAAGAGGUUGGGUGUGCCGGUGCAUCAGCUGCUGGGUGGCAAGGUGCGCCAGAAGGUACAGGUAUACGCCUGGAUUGGAGGUGACCGACCGAGUGAGGUCGAGGCCGCAGCGAAAGCACGAAUCGCCCAGGGCCUCAAGUGUAUCAAAAUGAACGCCACCGAAGAUGUCAACUGGCUUGACUCCCCAGCGGUCUUGCAGUCCUGCGUGGAACGACUGAAGCAAGUGAAGGCUCUGGGACUUGAUGCAGGCCUGGACUUCCAUGGUCGUCUGCACCGGCCAAUGGCUAAGCAGCUGGCGAAGGCACUGGAGCCUUACCAGCCGCUGUUCAUUGAGGAGCCUCUGCUAUGCGAGCAUCCCGAGGCAAUCAAACAGCUCUCACAGCACACCACAAUCCCCAUUGCCUUUGGUGAACGCCUAUACACUCGCUGGGAUAUCAAGCGGUUUUUGGAGGACUCAUCGGUGGAUGUUCUGCAACCCGACAUUGCCCACGCUGGAGGCAUUUCAGAAACAAUGCGGAUCGCAAACAUGGCCGAGACCUACGAUGUGGCUAUCGCGCCCCAUUGUCCUCUCGGGCCCAUUGCUCUGGCCGCCUCGCUUCAGGUCGCGGUUUCGAUCCCUAACUUUGUUAUCCAAGAGAUGUCGCUAGGGAUGCACUACAACGUAGAAGCAGGGGACAUUGACCUGAACAGCUACUUGGUGGAUAAGACAGUCUUCGAUAUCAAGGAGGGCCAUGUGGCUGCACCUUGUAAGCCAGGUCUGGGUAUUGACAUUGACGAGGACCUCGUGCGGAAGAUCAGCCAGGAGACAAUGCCGUGGCAGCCCAAGGAGUUCUAUGGACCAGACGGCUCCAUUCGGGAGUGGUAA